UUUUACGAAGUAGCCGAACGCGGAUCUUUCCUGCUCCGUGUUGUUGUGCGGCUCGAAGCGUUUAUGUGGCGGUAACUUUUACUUUCGGUAACGCAGUAAUGUUUUAAAAUGACGACAUGGACCAAAGUUGGUGUCUCGAUGGACUCUUUGUCCUUGUAGCUGUAUCCUCGGCAUAAUAGUUUCAGUUCGUGUUCAGUUGCUCCUCUGUACUUAUGGACGACAUGCUGUUUCUGCUGCUGCUGUGCUGCCUGCUGUCUGCUCGGGGUCAGGAGGCAGACGACCACUGGCUCGAUCCUUACGACAUGCUCAACUACGAUUCCAGCACCAAAACGAUGAGGAAACCUCCCGAGCCGACAACCUUUACCAACGUGGCCACCAAAAGAAGAGAGUACGUCCAGGACCAGAACCAGGACCAGCCUGAGCUGACGAGCUGUAAUCACCAGGUGGAGGAUCUGCAGAGACAGAUUGAGGACCAGAAGAAGGCGAUGUUUCUCAUGUCACAGCAGCCUUCCUGCAACCCAGUAUUCAAGCGGUUCCUCACCAGACUGUUGAAGGGAAUAGAAAGACUCGGUGUGCCAACUGACUCGUCAGAUGUCUUCUAUGAUGCCAAAAUCAAGCUGUCCAAACAAGCCAUGACUGAAAUUCAGUCACUUCUGGAGGGCGAGGAGCGAUGGAGAACGGGAGCUCUGGACAAUGCACUCAGUCAGAUUUUGGUGGACUUCAAACAACAUGAUUAUGAGGCUUGGAAGUGGCGUUUUGAAGACUUCUUUGGUGUGGAGCUGGAUACAGUAUUAAAGAUCAUGAUACUUGCUCUCAUUAUAUCAACCAUAAUAUGCACCCAGCUGUGGUCAACUGUCUCCUGGUUAGUUCAGUUCAGGAGGAUGUUUGCUGUCUGCUUCUUUGUCAGCAUUAUCUGGAACUGGUUUUAUCUGUACCAGACUGCUUUCGCUAAGCACCAGAACGACAUAGUACAGAUGGAAAACUUCAAUGAAAAAUGCACUGGAGUGAAGAAAAUUAACUGGAGGGAUAAUCUAAAAGAGUGGUUCAGAACCACCUGGACUCUGCAAGAUGACCCCUGCAAAAAAUACUAUGAAGUCCUCAUGGUUAACCCCCUCCUGCUGGUGCCUCCAACCAAGGCUAUUUCGGUCACCCUCACAACCUUCAUCACAGAGCCGCUGAAGCAUUUUGGGCAGGGAAUCAGUGAGUUCCUCAGGGAACUCCUCAGAGAUCUCCCAGUUACUCUCCAGAUCCCAGUCCUCAUCACUAUUGUGCUUUCUAUUUUGGUGGUCAUAUAUGUAAGUGUGCACGCGGCCUUUCAGCAUGGCAUCAUGGCGCCUUUUCGCCGCCCUCGAAGGGACCCCCCCCCUGCAGAGCUGGAGCAUAACCAGCGACCUCCUCCCAGGAUUGAGAACCGCGACUACCUGGCUGGAGGAGACGCACCUACUCACGCACCUCCACUUGCAAUUGCUCAACAGCACAUCCCACGGCAGCAAGGGGAUAAUGCGAUAGUGGACAGGAACAACUUUCACCGCAGACGACCCAACAGGGUCAAGGAGGAAAGAGCACCAGUCGGUGUGGAGACUCUAAAAGCUGCAGACCCUCGGUUCAGCGAGGAUGAACUAGAUGGUGAGCAGCAUGAGGAAAGCGUUAAAGCGGAGAACACUUCUGUUAACUCGGGGUCUGAAGACCAGCGGGAGACCCGGGAGGAGGUAGAAAAAGAAAAUGCUGCUGCUAAAAAAGACCAACCAAAAAACCAACAAACUGAAUCAAAUUUAUCACAAGCAAAGAAGAAAGGUUCUAAAGAUGAACUCAGAAGAAACGCUACAGUAGAGCCACCCCAACCAGCAGACAUGCAGCCUUCACAGACUAAUGUUCAGGAUCCAGGAGCCUCGGGAGAAGAAAAGACCCAGUCGAUAUCAUUGACAAGAAUAGAGACGGUUGGAGUUCCUGUUCAGGAGACGAGUCAAACAGCAGAAUAAAUACUGUUGAUCAAAACAGCAAGAGGUUUACCCAUCAGUGACUGGUGCUAUUUGGUCUCAGACCAAAUGGCUUUUAAAUGUUGGACUGUAGAUAUUAAUUCAACUGUAUUGUUCAUUUUCUGCUUUGUGCUCAGAUUUGUAGAAUUACUGCUUGUUUCUUUGAACGGUUGUACUUUCUUUUAAGGUAAAAAGAGCAAAGCACAGAGUUGCACACCAGCCUUUCUUCAACAUCAUCAGGAUGAUGGGAAUUUCAAAGUUUUACAUUUGGACACGAAUGAUGCUACUAAAGUUUAAUUAAGACUGAUAUCAGAUUUUAAUUUUUAAUUGAACUUCCAAAUGUUUUUUUUUAAUGGAUGAACCCCGUCUUUAUGCAAAUAAAAUUCAUAUUUUUGGAUGUACA